UACAUAACGGCCGUGCUAUUGGCGCGCCGGCAGACACGGUGCCGAGACUCUUCAGAGAGAGCGUCCUCCAAGUGCGUGCAAGUUCCUGGAAGUGUGCUUCACCCGGUCCGGCGAGGCGACACGUGCUGCGAGUACUACGACAGUCAGUCUGCGCGCUACGUCCUGCUCGAGGCCGCUGUCUGGACUACUUAUCAAUGAUGUGCUGCCAACAGAGCCGAACAGUGAUCGUGGCGAUCAUCGCGUGCACCUUGGCCGCCUGCGUGGUGGCGAUACCCACGUCCGGCCACCCCCUCAGCAAGAGGUCGUUCUUCGACAUACAGUGCAAGGGCGUGUACGACAAGAGCAUCUUCGCGCGGUUGGACCGCAUCUGCGAGGACUGCUACAACCUGUUCAGAGAGCCCUCCCUGCACUUACUUUGCCGGAAAAACUGCUUCACAUCAGACUACUUCAAAGGUUGCAUUGACGUGCUGCUCCUUCAAGAUGACAUGGAAAAAAUUCAAGGAGCAAUAAAACAGUUACAUGGGGGAGACCCUGAGGUUUAGGUCUAAUUGCUUCAGCAGUGCCUAUUUCACAAGCUGCUUGGAAUCCUUGCUUCUCACAGAAGAAGAUGAGAAUUUCAGUCAGAUGGUCGAGUUCCUAGGAAAGAAGUAAAAUAUAUAUGAUCGCGUUACGCAACAGGCCUGUCAGUCAUCCAACAGCAUACACUCUUCUUGUCCACGGAAGCACACGCCAUCCACAUCUACAUAUUCUAGUCUUGAAGAAGCAGAUAGACAGUGCAACGCAUCAUGAUUUUCUGUUUUAUCAUCACAUCAUCAUUCCUCUACAUGAUCACCAAAUGAUUUAACAUCACCAUCCAAGUGAUAUAUACAACAUUGUCAAUGAGUGUCGUACACACAAGCGUAUCCGUUCAGGUUUCUUCUAUAAUGUUUGUCAUUAGGUUUUCCAUCACAUCCAAACAAUUCUGAUAAUUUAAGUAUUAAUUUAUUUGUUGUGUAUAUUUGUUGCAUAUGAGAAUGAGUUUUGAAUGUCAUAACAGUAAGGUGCAAAUGUAUUUAAAACAAAUGUUCACCUACUACAAGCACAUAUCAGGAUUCUUAAUAUGUUUUAAGAAAUUCAGAAAGCACCCUAUUGUAGGGAAGUGUAGUAGGUGGAGAUUGUGUGUAUGAGAGUGACAUAAAUUAACAAAGGUGGUUCUUAGGCAGCUAUUUAUUAUAAGUGUUUCUUGAUAGUUUUUGUUUGGUUUCUAAAAUAAGUGUGCACUAAAAAGUACAAUUACUAGUUUGGUUAAUAAGAUAUUCAGAAUUUCAAAGAUCAGAAAAUUAUAAUAUAUAUACUGUACAUUCUUUAAGCUUUUCAUAACAAAUUUUUCCUUUGUAGAAAAUGCAAAAUUACUUUCGAAACCUUUAAAUAACCACUACAAGAGUAUUUUUCUAAUAAUGUACACUCUCAACACAGUUGCCUUCAUUAUAGUUGACAAUACAAGUUUUUUUUAACAAAUGUAGUUAGUACAAAUUGGUAGCAUUUUUAGAUACACGGUAUCAUUCCACUGUCAGUAUUCCUAAAUGCAUUGUAUGUUUUAUGUUGGUAAACUUUAUGUAAGCUUUCUCUGAAGAAAAGCAUGUAUUUAUUACACGUUAACAGUAUUUAUUUAUAAUUAAGUUCGAGUUGAACUUUAAUGCAAUGUAAGAUAGUUUGCAUCAGUUACAAACCAAUAUUUUAAAAAUAUUUGGCGAUAAAUUAGAUUUAUCUGUUACAUGUCAGAUGUUAUUAGUUCAAACACUAAAUGUGUUUCCUAAUUUUUAGUGUUGUCAUAUUAUUUGAAAUAUUUAUUUUUUAGAUUAUAGUAGAGAUGAGUACGGGUUUUACUUAGUUUCUAUUUCAUUUUUAACAUUAUGACUUCUGCUUGCCAAAAUGUGUUUGUUGAAUGUUUAGCAGUAUUUCAUUAGCACCUUAAUUCUCUUCAUAAUUGUAACAUAAUACUUUGAUUUAUUUAUUGUUUGAAUGAUUUAUUUUGAAAAAUGCUUUUUAAUACCUUUUCUACCAUGUAGUUUCUUAGAAUCUAUAAAGAUUUAUUUUAGAUUUUUGUUAUAAAACUGGAAACUUUAAAUCACUGGACAAAUUAAAUAUCUAUAUCUGAAGGA